AUUCUGUCAAGUGAGAUCGACCGAGGUGGUUGUUGUACAAAAGGGAGGAAAAAUGUGUUCUCUAACAGAAAAACGUAAAUUGAAUUAAUAUCAUGAAUGUUGGGAAUAAUAUAAGCUUAAGCGUACAGUCUUUGGUCUCAUGACCAUUUAAUGUUUAGCUGCCAUUCCAAUAAAACAUAAGCCAAAUGGGUGACGUUGUAAGCUUAUUUUCUGUGAUAAUAAUGAAAUUUAAAUCUAAGUUCAAUGAAAGUAAAAUUUAUUUCCACUAUGAUCUUCCCUGGCAAAAGCUGAAAUCCGUGAAGUGGAUGAAUGAAAGGGCUACGUCCAACAAGGCCUAUGUGCCAACCACAGUGGAGAAUGUGGCAAACGUGUGCACGCACGCACUUUGCGUGGCGCCCGCGUCGCUUGGUGCGCGUGAGCUGCUCACGCGGUCCGUCAACGCGCCGCAAGCGAUCGCCGCGGUGGUGUACGGGCUGGCCCUAUGCCUCCUUUUUGCAGUCUCAACCACCUUCCACUCCGUAUGCUGCUGCCGAUCUGACACUAGAAUGAAGCACUUCCUCCACCGCUGCGACCGGGCCAUGAUAUACAUCUUCAUCGCAAGCUCGUACUUCCCCUGGCUAACUGUCGGGACAUUAUCCUGUUGGAUGCUCCGGGAACUUCGCUGGGCCAUCUGGCUGCUGGCGGUGCUAGGGAUCACCUACCAGCAGAUCUUCCACGAGCGGUACAAGAUGCUGGAGCUGCUUCUCUACCUCGUCAUGGGACUGGGACCCGCUGCCAUAAUCAUUACCUCCAACCACCAGUUCCCCGCGAUGUACGACCUGAAGCUGGGCGGCAUGCUGUACCUGAUGGGCGUGUUCUUCUUCAAGUCGGACGGACGCAUCCCCUUCGCGCACGCAAUAUGGCACGUGUUCGUGGCCCUCGCCGCCACGGUCCACUACCUCGCCAUCCUCCGACACCUCUUCCCCGAACUCAAAUCCUAAAGACUGCCCGAAUCUCCUUCUAGAGCUCUCUACCUAUUUUUGUACCCCAACUCGACCGCAAGGCCGCAGAUUAAACAAUCUAACAAUCAGCGAUCGCCACCGGCCGGACCUUUGUACACCAAUCUGAGCCUUUUAUCCACUCACUUGACGAUCGAGUACGUACAUCAUUCCACUUGACUCAUUUCCAUGCUGUCGGAUUGACCUAACGCGUUUGCAUAUCUACCUACCUGUGCCCUUUAACUGUAAGCAACUAUAGAUCUGAUUACCAUACUCAUAGUCAUUUUAGAGAUAGGCAUCGAUUAUCGAUUGCAGAGCUGAUAAUUUGGUAAUUCGUUUCGUGGCAGCGAACAGCAUGGAAGCGUUCGGCCAAAUAUCUAGUUAUGAUCGAAAUGUGUGUAUAUUUUGUAAGAUAUUGUUGAACUUAUUGUAUUGUUGUAGCGUUGUAGUCGUAUCUCAGAAUCUCGAGACCAAUCCAACCCUUUUAGAGUACCUAUAUAAAUGUAACGGGGUUUUUAGAAACGUUUAUACCUAUUCUUAUAUAUAUCCAGUUUUUUUCAGCGAGAUCUUUUAUACACCUCAAUGUGACUUUUCCCUAGGUUAGUUGGUUAUACAUUUUAGCGUAGCUAGUUCAAUGUACCACUCUUAUCUAUCUCAUAGGUUUUAAAUUUUAACGGUCAUGAAUAUCCUAUACUUAUCGUAUGUUUUUCCUCACUACCUACUUAUUUAAUUAGACUUAUUUAUUGUCCCAACAUAGAUUUGUUAAGAAUUGCUCAAUCAUUCAUGUGAAUAGGUAAUUUUUUGCUAGACUUCCAAAUUGAAACUUAUAUUAGGAUUUUAAUGGAACCUUCGCAAUUUGUGAGUCGAAUUUUAUGCCAUACUGUUACUAACCUACUUACUAAUAAUGAUGUGAUGCGAGAGAUCACUGUGCAUUGUUCGCGGGUGGUCUGAUACAAGAACAAUCGAUUCUGUUUGAAGUGGGACGGAGUGACAUCAAUGCGCCUCGCAGUUCCAACUGUCGGACGAUUCUCAACGAACGAUUCCUCAACAACACACCAUUGUGUUGUAAAACAAUUUUGAACUAAACUGAAUUAAUGAUUUACCUAAUUUAAAUCAAAGGAUUGUCCAGACCGAUGAAUCGACAAUUUAUUAUUUAAUUCUAGUCAGUUUGCUACAAACAUAUUUGUCGAAAUAGCGUGAUAUUAUUGAAUCUAUUGUAUGAAACCCGAUCGUUACCUACCGGCUAGUCUGGCAAAUGAAGGGCUGGAAUCAAAAUAUCAGACGGAAAUAUCAUAGUUAUUUAUAGUAGUUAGUCGAGAAACACUGCGACAGAUUAUAUUGAACUAUGUACCAUAAACUUUCAUUUGCCAAGCUCAGCCUUACAACAUAUUUUCGCUAUUGCUCAUUUUCGAUGGACAAAUAUUGGUAUUGUGAUCUCAAAAUAUUUAUAAUGGAGGCUAACUAAUUUUUUAUAAACAACUUUUAUUUAUUUUUUACUAAUCAAAAUUAUGUAGUUACCAUUUUAGUCAUUAUUGUUAUGUUUCUCAAUGUAUUUGUUUUGAGAAAUGAGGACUAACUUUUAAGUUCUUAUAUCCUUGACAUCUAAAUGAGUUCUAUCGAAAAUGAAUAAACAAUAUUAUACUAAACAUAAACAGUACAUGUUUGGUGAACCCAUUUCAUGCCGGUUAGUCAAGGUUGUCACAGGGUAAUUUGGUAUAAUACAACAUACAUAAUUGCACAAAACUCAUGGUUAAUCAACCUACCAUGUCGGUGAAAUUAUUCGUAUAUAUUACCUAUGUAAUUCGAAACUAAUGUUCAAAGUUAUUUUGUAAUUUAGAAAAACAGAAAAUUGUAGUUUUAUUUUUAGGUAAACAAUGGUAUCGGGUUGUAGAACAUCUAUCUAAAUGAUAAAUAGGGUUUUAUAUUCCAGUUAGGGAAAUUAAUGUUUAUUAGUAUCCUCUAAGAGUGCAAAGUAUUUUUAAGUAGGGAAUGGUGAAACUUUAUUCUUUUUGGGUUUUAGUUUACACUUCGGGUCUAAAUAGGGUCCUAUCGGUAAUUUAAUUAAUUCAAUUAUUCAAUAUGCCAAACCUAAAAGAUCUUUAUGGUUUAAUAAGCCAAUUGAAUUGUACAGUAACAUGUAUAAAAUAGUCCU